AUGUUGCCAAAACGAGUCUUUGAAUGGUCUCCUCCCAAUGAACGGCCUCCUCACGAUGAAUGGUCUCCUCCCAAUGAAUGGUCUCCUCCCGACAAACGGCCUCCUCCUUCCUUGACGAACGGCCUCCUCCUGCCUUCAACAAACGGCCUCCUUCCUCCCUUGACGAACGGCCUCCUCUCUCGACGAAUGGCCUCCUCUCCCAACAAACGGCUUCCUCGACAAAUGGUCUUCCCCCUGCCUUCGACGAAUGACCUCCCUCCCUCGAUGGAUGGUCUCCUCCCUCCAUUGACGAACGGCCCUUUCCCUCCCCCGCUUGCCCUCAAGACGGUGAAAUGGGCCAUCCAGGAAGUGCUAACUACAAAUCCACACCUGGCACAGAUGUGGCCUUGUACAUUGAAGGAGGUAUUGGAGAGGAAAAGGUCGCAUCACCCAACAAGGCACUGUGCAUCACCGCUCAUUGAAAUCAUGGAUUUGGACUGA